GCUACUUAAUCUGCCACUAUACCCCUCGCUAGCGGCCAAGCUCGGCGAGUUCCUCGUGCGCCAAUUAUACUAUACCUCUACAUAUAACGCCACCCGUCGCCUCGCUCUCCGCUCAACGAGGCGCGCAGGCGCAGCACAGUACUACACUGAUCGAGCUGAGAUAUGGCGUUGGAGGAGACGGUCCUGCAGCGGCCUUUUCCGGCGGCCGGCGGCGACGGGGAGGCGGCGACGACGGUGUUUCUUGCUGCUGCGACUGCGACGGAGGAGGGGCGGCGGCGGCCGGUGGACCCGAUGAUCUGGGGCGACGAGCGGCGGAUGAAGAGGGAGCUGGUGGCGUGGGCCAAGGCCGUGGCGUCCAUGGCCAUGGCGGCCAACGGCGGCGCCGGCUCGUCGCCGUCGACCACGCCGCCGCCGUCUCCUUCCAUGCGAUGAGAUAGUUAAUUAAGUAUUUAAUUAGCAUAGUGAUGUGUAUAUAUAUAUAGUGUGGGUAAUUUUAUUGCCUAUCUUGGUGAUGAGCUGGGUCUCGUAGCAAUUGAGCUACUGUAGAUAGAUAAGCUUCUCCUUCAAGUUCGAUGGAUGGAUGGUAACCUUGUCUAUUGGCUGUUGUUGCAACCCAAUGAUGGCAGGCGCGCACAUCAUCUUUUGUUUCGCUUGCUUAUGUGCUAAACUAUUGCAUGUAAUUAAGCUUGCUUUUGACAGAUUUGGGAUUAUGAGAUCCUUUCUUGUCAGAUUUCUUCAGCUAAGCUACUAAGCUAGUGGGAUUAUUAGAUAGUUGCUCCCACCUUCUAUAGCUUCACUGGUAACCUUGCCCCUGAUCUUGCCUCAUCAAUGAUGGCACAUCAUCUUUG